GCUGUUAGCCAGCUGGAGCUGCAAAACAUUUCCUGGUCGGACAGAAGCAGAGGAAGAAAGCUGAUGUCUCCUUGGACAUUACUCGGCCUGUCUGUCUAAAAUAACAGGUUAACGAGCCCGGCGCUCCCCCGUGCAGUUGUAAGUGGGUUUCCCACCUCUGCUCCGAAGGAGCUCCGAUUCCACCUGCGUAGCAAACAGCCAGGUAAACCUUGCUGGGUUACCGUGUGCACUGAAGGUGUUUGGAUGGUAGCAAGCACAGCUGGGAUGAAUGAGCCGGCUUUCCCCGCCUCAUCUCUGCCCGACCCCUACCACAACAGCUACCCUGUCCCCGGACGGGCUGACGGAACAAGGACCCCUGUGGCCCUAAGGUCCCCCGGGGAAAGGGCGGGUUCUCCGGGGAUUUUAGGAGCAAAGCCAGAAGAAAAUCAGGCGCAAAAGGCUCCCGCCGGGCAGGUCUCUCCGCAGCCUGACGCCGCGGAGAAUCGCCGAGGAGCCCGGUAGCCUCCCCUCUGCACGGCCCCGGAAGGUGGAUAGCGCAAUGGGAGGAUGUUCGCAGGCUGAGCUCCGCAGCUAGGAAACAUGAGACGGCUUCGGGAUUCAUGUUCCGGGGCCUGGCCGUGCCUGCCGCUUGCACAAUCCGAGUCAUCUGGACAUCCAAGCUGCAAGUUUCCCACUUACCAGAGUCUGCUGCAGCUGAAGAACCAGGCAGGCUGCAACCGACCACCAGCCCCCCCAACCAUGAACACCGUAGUCUUUAACAAAUUCAACAGCCAGGUGCUUUUUGAGGAAAACGCCAAAGAAAGGGAAAGUAACAGCCGGCCUUACCUGGGGGUCAUUGACAGCCCACACCACCCCGAAGUGCACAUUCCCGACAGCCCUUCAAUUAAAGACAACCUCAGUCUUCGGAACAGGCGGACAGGGGCCCGGCAGAGCGGCGGGAAGGUGCGGCACAAGCGGCAGGCGCUGCAGGACAUGGCCCGGCCGCUCAAGCAGUGGCUGUACAAGCACCGCGACAACCCCUACCCCACCAAGACCGAGAAGAUCCUGCUGGCCCUCGGCUCCCAGAUGACCCUGGUGCAGGUAUCAAACUGGUUUGCCAAUGCAAGACGUCGCCUAAAGAAUACAGUCCGGCAACCAGAUCUCAGCUGGGCUUUACGAAUAAAGUUGUACAACAAAUACGUUCAAGGAAAUGCUGAAAGACUUAGUGUAAGCAGUGAUGAUUCGUGUUCUGAAGAUGGGGAAAAUCCUCCAAGAAACCAUAUCAAUGAAGGGGGAUAUAACAAACCAGUUCACCACACUGUGAUUAAAACUGAAAAUUCGGUGAUAAAAACAGGAGUGAGACCAGAGACAAGUGCCAAUGAGGAUUAUGUGUCACCUCCCAAAUACAAAAGCAGCUUAUUGAAUCGUUACCUAAAUGACUCAUUGAGACAUGUCAUGGCUACUAAUGCAGCCAUGAUGGAAAAAACGAGACAAAGGAAUCAUUCUGGUUCAUUUAGUUCCAAUGAAUUUGAGGAGGAAUUGGUGUCCCCAUCAUCAUCGGAGACUGAAGGCAAUUUUGUCUACCGGACAGAAACUUUGGAAAAUGGACCCAACAAGUGUGAAAGCGCAGCUAACAGAAAAGGAACAAGCAAAGAUGAAACAUACUGGAAGGAGAUCAAUGCAGCGAUGGCCCUAACAAACCUUGCCCAAGGAAAAGAUAAACUGCAGGGAACUACCAGCUGCAUCAUUCAAAAAUCAUCACAUAUAUCAGAAAUAAAGACUGUUAAAGUGCCAUUAGUUCAGCAAUUUUGAGAAAUUGUUACAUUUUUUGGUCAAAUGGACAUUCCUCACAGCAUUGGUUUUCAGUAAAAUCCUAUCCACAGGUAUGAAGCAAAUAUUGAAAAUAGAUCCUUUUUACACUAUGGUCAGUUAAAAAAUUAAAAUGCACUCUCAGACCCAGACUUUUUCAUUGUAUUAAAUAAAAUGUUCAAUUGCUUCUAUAAAAGGCAUGUAAAUUAUAAAAUAAAGUCCAUUUUUAUCAAAAUAUUAACUUAUUUUAUGUUAAUCAAAGUGCGCAUAAAAUGUCUGCAUUGCUAUAACAAUAAGUGCCUUGCUUUCAAAAAAUAAGCUAUAACGUGGGCAUAGUACAACACAGUUAUGCCUCAAAAUGACAAUGCCAUUAACCUUAAUCUUUGUAUAUUAUUUCAAGUGAGCCUAGCAGUCUAGGGCUGAACAUAUUAUUGCUGGAAGCCCUUGAGAGAAUUGUUGUGUAUUUGACUUAUACAAAUUGAUGACUGGUGAAUCUUAAUGAAAACGUUAAAUCUUUUUUUUUUAAAUCCACAGUAUUAUUAAAAACGGUACAGUGUGUUUUGUCAAAGUGACCAUGAGGUUGUUGUGCAUGUUUCUUACCUGUAUCUGCAGUGUGUUAAAAUACCAAAAUAACUACUUUGAAAAGUGCAAUACUGUAGAAAACAUGCAGGUUUAGGAAUAUUUCAGGCAUUCAAAUUAAUCUGAAUGCACACGUACAAACAGACAUUGUGAUAAUUAGAGAUUUAUAGUGAAGGUUGCAGCAAGACCGUCUGUUCAGUCAAUUUGGAUUUCAUACUUCUAAAGCUUUGCUAUUGACUUAUUGAAGUAAUUAUAUACAUAAACAAAACCAAUCUCUUCUGGUACCAAAUUAAACCUAUAGUACAGUUUGUUAUUUGUACUGGAACUCAAUAACUUUCCACAAUGGAAACUCUUAUUACUUUAAUAUGUCCAAAUGCUUUUAUUUUGUACAUACUGUAUCAAAUAAGGACAGUUGAUUGACAAUUCACAUUUCAAUGGAAAAAAAGACAUAAUCAAAACUAUAUAUACUCCAAGUUAAAACCCAAAUUAAAAACAUCUGGGACAUGAAACAUUGAAAAAUAUCAGCAUGUAUCUUAGGAGGGUUUAAAGUCAAUGCUAAAUCAUGCAUUAAAAAUAACAUUUUAAGUCUCUAAACUUGACUGCUAUUGAGUGAUAUAAUCAAUGUAAAAGCAGAUAUUUGUGUUUGGUGUGCAAGGUUUUCUUGAAUCAUACAACAAUAUCCUAACCAGUGCUUGAAUAAACAGUGGUGAAGCCAAAUAGAAUUUGUACUGAAUCGGUUACAGAAAACUGGAAAAGAGCUGAUUGUUCCUAGGGUUUGGAUAUUUUUUCCUGUGGGUGACCUAUCAGUUGUUAUUGCUAGCCCUUUGGUCCUGCAAUGUUGACAUUGACAGUAAAACUCCCGUAUACUUCAGUGGAAGCAGGAUUGGGCCAAUAAUGAAACUACUCUACAAGCAUAGUCUGUUCCAGUUGCACUAAAAUAGUCAAGAUAUAUAGCAAAUAUCCUUUUUGUGACUUCUAGGACACUUCCCAAUGUAACAUACUAUUAUGUUGGGUUUAUUUAGGGUACAGUGGAAAUUACCGAUAUGGAAAUAUUUUGUACAUAUAUAUUUUUACUUUGUUUUCUAAAUUGCUGAUUUGCAUUGACAUAAAGUGCCAAGCAGGAAACAUAUGUCAUGACUGUAUGAACAGUUGAAGUAUACCUCUUAUUGACUUGCAUCAUUAUGUGUUUAAAAUUCCAUGACAAUAAUUUUUGAUACCUGACUUAUUGGAUUUUUGUCAUAAUAAUGUGAGUUUGUAACUAAGAACAGAAAGUAAAUACUUCACUCUUGUUCAUACUAUUAUAAGUUAUUCUGGUAUUAAAUAUUUUGUGACAAUAAAUUGAUUGUCUCGUCAAACUAUUUUGUUAGAUAUAUUCUCAGUGUUUUUAUUUGAGUAAAUGACAACAAUAUUUGUCAUAUUGUUAAAAAUGAAAAGUAUUUUCAGUGACUUCUCUGGGAUAAACUGGAGAAGACAAGCCAUUUUAGAAACAUGUGUUUGUCUUUUUUUAAACGAUCACAGCACAAAGAAUAGCCUGCAAAAAAACAUAUCAAGUAGGUUUUACAAUUAACAAAUACUUGCAUCAUUUCUUGUUACAAUUUUCUUUAAUUUAUUUUUUUCUGUUGCUGCUUAAAUGUUUUCUAAAAACAUAAAUGCUAAUAGGUUGUAUGUGUGUGUGGUUUUUUUUUAAAUAACAAGGAUCAUGAUCAAUGCUGAGCCAACAGCUAAUGGAGACUCAAUAAUUAUUUAUGAUGUAGGAAAAACAAACAUUAUUAGUAUUGCUCUUUUUUGUUUCAACAUAUGUAACCAUUUUAAUAAAA